AUGAUGAGUGGAAAGCGAAAAGCGGGCGUACAGAUGGGCAACGCCUGUUGGGAGCUGUACUGUCUCGAGCACGGCAUACAACCCGACGGCCAAAUGCCCAGCGAUAAGACCAUCGGCGGCGGCGACGAC